UGUUGUUUUGAUUGACAACCAGUAGUCGGGGGUUGAACUUUCGUCUUCCCCUCCGUCGUCAAAAACAUGUGUUAAAUGAUUGAAAAUCGAUGUCUGAAAUGCUGAUGACAGCAACGGAGGACAUAUCGCUGUGCCCAAUGAAACCAGAGGAGUGUCCAGGCGGUGUACGGAGCUUCCUUUUGGUGGACGACCAGGAAAAUCUCCAGGUCCACGACGAGUCUGAUUUUGUUGAGAGGCUCAACUGCAGGGAUGUCGGAGGUGUCAAAGUUAUCUCCAUCUUUGGAAACACAGGGGACGGCAAGUCACACACCCUUAACCACAUCCUGUUCGGUGGUGAGAGUGUGUUUUAUACUUCCAAGUCCCCUAGCUCAUGUACGGUGGGUGUGUGGGCCGCUUACGACCCUUUCCUCAGCCUGAUUGCCCUGGACACCGAGGGCUUGUUGGGGGCCGCUGCCAAUCAAAAUCAGAGAAUGCGGCUACUGCUGAAGGUCCUGGCGGUGUCUGAUAUAGUAAUCUAUCGAACGCGAGCCGAGCGCCUGCACAACGACAUGUUCCAGUUCUUGAGCAGUGCUUCGGGGGCUUAUCUGAAGCACUUCACUCCAGAACUGAAGGCCUUAUCCAGCCGCUGCAGUCUGGACGUGCCUCUGUCACAUCUCGGCCCUGCGGUUAUUGUCUUCCAGGAGACGACGCACACACAACUACUGGGCCAUGAUUCAAAGGUGGCAGGCCACGGUGACACGCAGCUCCAAAGGCGUUUUCAUGACCUGGGCUUAGGCACAGACGCCUUCAGCUCAGUACAGUACGUGGGAACCCAAACAAUUACGCCUCCCACCGACUACAGCGGGCUGCUGGAGACCAUCAGACAGCAAGUGAAGAACACACACACACGCUCGCCCCGCCAUCCCGGCAUAGUGUUUCAUGCUCUAGAAGCCCUUAGUGAACGUUUCUGUGGUGAGCUUUCAGACGACAAGGUGAAUCUGUACACCUUCUUCCCUGACGAGUACUUCACCUGCUCUGCUGUCUGCCUGAGUUGCAAUAUUCGCUGCAAGAAUGGAAUGAACCAUCUGCGAGACAGGGUUCCCCACAUGGCAGAUGGACUGUGCCAGUAUGCACACCAGUACAACAACAAAGUCCUUAUUUGUAAGAGGUGCUACGAAGGAGGCAGGGAGGUGACAGUUGUGCCCAAGACUUCUGCAUCCUCUGACAACCCGUGGUUCGGACUGGCCAAGUUUGCCUGGUCAGGUUACGUGUUAGAGUGUGGCAGCUGUGGAGUCAUCUACCGCAGUAGACAGUACUGGAUAGGGAACCAGGACCCUGAAAGCAGCGUGGUGCGUUCUGAGGUCAAACAUGUUUGGGAGGGGUCGGACACCUUCCUCAGCACCCACCAGAAUGCAGCUCAGAGGGUGCUGGAUGGGAUGAACUAUGUGAUCCAGUCAGUGUCGGAGUACAGCACCGGUCCCACCAAAACUGUCACAUCCUGGCUCACUGACCAGGUGGCACCACUGUACUGGAGACCCAACACAGAGAUCACGGCCUGUCAUGGCUGUCACAAAGUGUUUGAGGAGGCGGAGCGUAAGCACCAUUGCCGUUCAUGUGGGGAGGGCUUCUGCCACCCUUGUUCCAGCCACAGGAUGCCGGUCCCAGAGAGGGGAUGGGGCAGCACCCCCGUCAGGGUGUGUAUGGCCUGCUAUCAACAGGGAGGACCUCCUGAAACCAACAGCGAAGUGUGUAAAGUGGAGCCCCGCGGACUCAUCGCUCGCAGGGUGGCAGAGGUGGCUCAGUCCACAUUGGACAUGGUCAGCACCGCUGUGGACUAUCCGCUCUGCUUUGUGAAGGACGUAGCUCGACCAGACUACUGGGUUCCAGACCAGGACAUCACCCGCUGCCAUCAGUGCUCUAAAGUCUUCACUCCAAUCAUGUCCAAGCACCACUGCAGGGCCUGUGGUCAGGGGGUGUGCGGACCCUGCUCCGCGCACAUGAAGCCCGUACCCUCCAGAGGGUGGGAUCACCCCGUGCGAGUGUGUGACAGCUGCAACACCCGCACCGAUAGUCUCUAAGCUCCAACUCUGGAAUGGAUCUGAAGGUACUGUAUGAUCAAAGGUGCCGGCCAGAUGCGGUCGUCGUCACCACAGGUUCCAGGUGCUUCCUGUUUUCCUCGACACAUGGAAGUGCUGCACAAAGUGACUUAAAAGUGUAGAACAACGAACAAGUGGGAGAUUUUCAGAUAGAAUAUUUGAGCGUCUUUUCAAAUCACGACGCUGGCUUUAUCUUCACGUUGUUUAUCAUGUUAAGUUUGUCUGGAGUUAACAUAAGGUUACAAGGAUGGAUGGAAGCCAGCGCAGUUUACACUGACCUUGGAGAAAAGACUGUGUCGUGUUCAGGAAAGAAUGUGUGUGUGUGGUUCCAUUUUUACUGUUAAUCGCAGUAUCUGAAGAAAAUUGAUAAUUAGGAAUUAAGUUGCGAGGAGAAGUAAUUCCCUGGCGGACUGCUCAACUGUGGCGGAAUCUCAUCGCCCCCUCCCAAACUAAAUAUGUCGAAAUGGCGACCUGAAACUCAUCUUUUACUGAAUCAAAGCAAGCUGGGUUAGCUUAGUUUAGCAAGGCAUGCUAGUGCGGCUGUCUAUGCCACUCGGGCUGUAUGAGUGUGUUUACACAGUGUUGGGCUUUUGGGAUGCCUGCUGACGUUGCUAAAGUUCUGAGCAAAAUAACCUACCAACAAUCAUGCAGCCUUCAAAAUAAGAGCGCAGUUCACCACAGCUUGUCUAAAACAAAAGAAGGGUAUAUUUUUUUUUUUUAAAUCGUACAUUAAUAUAAACACAAUUGGAGUUGCAUUGGUGACUACGUCUUCCUUAAUCACAAGCACGGGCAUUACAGUGUGUUGAUGAUUUUGUAACAAUAAUGUGUUGACAUCCCAUGAGAAAAGUUAGCCAAGCGACAUUCCUUUCUGAAAUAUUGGCCAAUGAAGGAUUGCAUCCCUAAAUCUGUACAAUUAAUUAACAUACAUUUUAUUUAUUAUCACAUAAUUAGACACUCCAUGCUGGUAAAAUAAGUGUAAAAGGUUAAAAAAUGUAUUUGGAAGGAUUUAAUAGGGAAGUGAUGGCAGUAUCUCAAAUUCCAUGUUCAGAUAUCACGCUCAAAAUGGGAAAAUAAGUGUGCUGUUGACAUUCCAAUGUGUGGAAUCCACUUGUGACUAAGUGGCCUCCUGCACUGACUAUACAAUUGUUUUACGGAUAUCGGAUCCACUCACUAGUGGAAGAAACACACGGCAAUCACUGCAAAAAUUGGCCAACUGUUAAUGCAACACGAACUGGACAAAUUGGCCAACUGGUAACGUGAUUUUUAUUUGUUUAUUAUGUUUAAGCAAAUAAAUAAGGUUGAAUUGUCUUAUAAGUAA